UGGACCCUCCUGUGCUGAGGUCUGAGGGAGCUCUCUGAGUGUCUCUGAGAUCUCUGUCCUCCAACCUGCUCCAGAGGAGCUGCUGCUGUUCCAGAGCUCUCAGAGGAACUUUGCAUCAUGUUCUGUUGUGUUAAGAAGACGAGGACUCUGGAGCUUUCAUCGUUGUGCGUCUGUGUUCUGACUGUGGCUGCAGUAACAACAGGACAUGGAAACGGUGCAGCUCCAAAGCCGUUUGUUGGGAUCCUGAACACCACGGAGCACAGAGUGCAGCUGAAGUGUGAGGUUCGAGGCGCUGCUCCGAAGCCUAGAGUAGCCUGGCAGGACAGCGAUGGGAACAUCCUCCGUGCUGAGAAGCCACAGGUGUCACACAGAGACGGAUGCUAUCACAUCACCCUCCUCACCACUGUCACCAGGACGAUGACCAACCACUUCCUCUGCGUGGUCACGCAGGUGGAGCUCAGCCAUGUGACCGAGGAGGAGAUCCACGUUCCAGGUGCAGCUCCAAAGCCUUUUGCUGGGAUCCUGAAUGUCACAGAGGGCGGGGUUCUGCUGAAGUGUGAGGUUCCAGGUGCUUCUCCAAAGCCUAAAGUAGAGUGGCAGGACAGCGAUGGGAACCUCCUUCCUGCUGAGGAGCCACAGGUGUCACACAGAGGAGACCUCUACUACAUCACCCUCCUCACCACGGUGACCAGGACCAACACCAACCGCUUCCUCUGUGUGGCCACACAGGAGGAGCUCAGCCAUGUGAUCCACGAUGAGAUCCACGUUCCAGGCCCAGGACCCGUCACUGUGGUUGUACCUGCAGGAAGUUACAUCAUCUUACCGUGCUCCCUCAGCACCCAGGAGAGCCUCGGGCAGAAGCGCUUUGAUUGGAAGAAAGACGAUCAGAGGGAGGUGUUCGUGUAUGAUGCCGGCCUUCAUUUCAAUAACGGCCUUCCGGGUCAGGACGAGCUCUUCAGAGGACGGGUCUCUCACUUUGCAGACCGGCUGCAGUUCGGUAACGCCUCCAUAACCAUCAGAAACACCAGGGUGGCUGACAGUGGAGACUACACCUGUGCUUUUCCACUUCAUCAGAGAGAAACGUGUAACAUCACCCUUCUUGUUGGUGCAGCUCCAAAGCCUUUUGUUGGGAUCCUGAAUGUCACAGAGGGCGGGGUUCUGCUGAAGUGUGAGGUUCCAGGUGCUUCUCCAAAGCCUAAAGUAGAGUGGCAGGACAGCGAUGGGAACCUCCUUCCUGCUGAGGAGCCACAGGUGUCACACAGAGGAGACCUCUACUACAUCACCCUCCUCACCACGGUGACCAGGACCAACACCAACCGCUUCCUCUGUGUGGCCACACAGGAGGAGCUCAGCCAUGUGAUCCACGAUGAGUUCCACGUUCCAGAGCAGCUGUUUGAGUCCUGCCUCGGAGUCGGCGUGCUCAUAGCUGCGUUUGUUUGCGGCGUUUUCUCUGUUGUCGUACUUAUCGCUCUGUCUGUGUGUGUUCUCUACAUCACCGUGUAAUCCAGCUUUAAAGGUGGAUGGCUGCUCUCUCAGUCUCAUCGGGGUGAACAUCAGCUAGAUUUUCAUUUAAAACAUAUUCAACAGUUUGACUUGUUCGGUGUUUCACAAUAAAAGCCUGGUCAGGUGUGCUGGGUCCGCUGUGGUACCUCCUGCUGUCUGUGGGCUCAUUCUCCACGUUUCACUGAGUGCAGAGUUCAGAGGGGUUCAUGAAGGAGCUGAGCUGCUUUGGCUCAGGGAGGAAAAUCAUCUCAACAAGAUAUUGUAAGAAACAAUAAUCCUGUGUGUCGCUGAUGAUCCACAGCAAAGGGCUGAGCUGAAUGUGGACUGAAUGUAGAGCUCAUCAUAUUUCUAUUAGAAAUCUGUUAUUGAUGAUUGGCUGCAGGUGUGAGUGUGUCUCUGUGUCAGUGCU